CCCGGUUCAUACCCCACCCCGCGAAACGCCCAAAAGAGCAAUUGGGCAAGAAACGCGAGGGAUGUUUGGGCGGGGGGGCUGUGAACAUUCCGGUCGCUUUUUGGUCCGAGGCAUCGGUUUGAGGGCUGCUUUGGACAAGACCUGCCUUUCCUUUGAUUGUGUUCGCGAUGAUGAAGGCGGAGGCGAUGGCGAAGACGGUGGCGAUGGCGAAGACGGUGGCGAUGGCUGACUCCGUCCACGUGGCGUCAACGGGAGCCAGGUUUCUGCACAAGCGGGGUCUCGCUUCCGCCAUCGCCGUGAUGGUUGUCAUCCUCGCAGCUAUGCUAACGAAAGAAGCCAAUGCGAACGAGAAUGUGAUCGGCUGUGGUGGAUUUGUUCAGCCCAGCGCGGAUCUAUUUUCAGCGAGGGAGCAUCCCGACUUGAAUGUCGCCGUGGAUUAUUCGUCUAUCACGAUGGAACUCCACACUCUUGAUAAUCUGGUCAAAUCGAGCACAGAAUGUUUUCCUAACGGAUACUAUUUUAUCCCUGUCGAAGAUAAGGUAAAGAUGAAGAAUGCACCAACGGGCCUAUCUCAGUUGGUGUACCCAUGAACUGUUGAAAUGUAGACCCAUUCGAAUCCAGAUGCAAUUAGAUGAAGAGAAUAAUGUAAUUCUGAAUUACCUGGGACUAGUCAGUUCAGUGAUGGUAUCUCAAGGCCGUCACCCCUUUUCUUCUAUGAAAAAAAAACGAUGAGGGAUGUAUAAAUUAUAAUACGAUAAAUCACAAAUUCACAA